AUGGCGCCCACACAGAAUGGCACCCUGAAUGGCACCGAGGACGAAGACCGCGAGCCGUCCUCCCCUUCGGAAUUGAACAGGUUCGUAGGGGGUUUUGUGAACUCCGUUACGGGCAUGGCCUCCUCCUUCAUACACGGAGACAGUCCGAACUCUGGCUCACACUCCGGCUCUCAUUCCGGCUCUCACUCUGGCUCCCACUCACUAGAUCCUGAAGUCAAGGCUGAGAUCGAAAAGGAGCGAAAGAAGCCCAAAGAUUAUUUCAAGGAGGCUGCUCAGCUCAUCGGCCAGAUUCGAAAGCCGCUUCCAACUGGGACUGGCAAUGGUACUGAUCUGAACAUCAAAGACGACGAGCCGGGCGUCCUUGAUGACAUCGUCAGGGAGAUUGGUGAAGAUAUGUCAGCCUUCGCGCACCUGGGCGUCCACGGAGACCUGCCGUCACUGAUGGAAAUCGGCGUCGUGAAGAAGCUUGGUCAACCCACUGACGACAAGAGAUACCUGAUGGAGGCCAUGAUAAAGGCGAGCUGCCGCUGGACUCCCGGAGACAUCAAAGACGCGUACCUUGGAAAGCCAUACCAAUACCGACAGGCCGAUGGAUCCUACAACAGUCUUCUCUCUCCGCACGUUGGCAAGUCCAACACACCAUACGCCAGGACUACGAAACCAGCCACGAUUCAGACCGGCGCGCUUCCUGACCCUGGAGUGAUCUUCGACAGCGUCAUGGCACGUAAGAAGAGCGAGAAGCAUCCGAACGGGAUCUCGAGCAUGCUCUUCUAUCUAGCGUCGAUUAUUAUUCAUGACAUUUUCCGAACGGAUCGUGAGGACUUCAACAUCUCAAAAACGUCUUCGUAUCUCGACCUCUCGCCUCUAUACGGUAUCAGUGAUGCUGAACAGAAGGGGGGGAAAGAGCCAAACGGGAAAGAGGUUAUCGGGAUCCGGACAGGCUACGACGGCAAAAUUAAGGCAGACACGUUCGCCGAGACGAGACUGUUGUCUUUUCCUCCCGGUGUGUCUGUAUUAUUGAUCAUGUUCAACAGGUUCCACAACUUCGUCGUGGAGCAGCUGGCUAUGAUCAACGAGAAAGAGCGGUUCCCGAAGCCAGAGAAAGAAGAUGGUAAGGUUCCGCAGUGGACUCAGUACGAUGAAGACCUCUUCCAGCACGGGAGAUUGGUUACCUCCGGUUUGUACAUCAACAUUAUCCUUACAGACUACGUCCGGACCAUCCUAAAUCUGCAACGUACCGAUAGUAGUUGGAACCUCGAUCCGCGCAUUGAGAUUAAGGAUGGUCCACCAAUGGGCGUUGGCAACCAGUGCGCCGCCGAGUUCAACCUAGUGUAUCGCUGGCACUCGACGGUGUCCGAUAGGGACGAGAAGUGGACAGAGGAACUCUGGAAAGACCUCGUCGGCGAUAAGAAGCCGGAAGACGUUAGUUUGCUGGAGUUCAGACGAGCUCUGGGCAAGCUGGAGUCGCGUCUUGAGAAAGACCCAGGCCAGCGCUCUCUUGCCGGACUGACUCGCCAAGAGAAUGGUACUUUCAACGACGAGGAGCUUGUCCAGAUUCUCAAAGACAGCAUCGAGGACUGUGCCAACUCUUUCGGCGCUCAGAGAGUGCCAAAGGUCUUACGUCUGAUAGAAAUUCUGGGCAUCGAGCAAGCGCGGUCAUGGGAUUUGGCUUCCCUGAACGAGUUCCGGAAAUACUUUGGCCUCACACCACAUGAGACAUUCGAAAGCAUCAACGACGACCCCGAGGUCGCUAAGACGCUGAAGCAUCUGUACGACCAUCCAGACUUGGUAGAGCUGUAUCCUGGCCUUGUUGUUGAGCAGGGCAAGAAGCCGGUGACGCCGGGCUCUGGCCUUUGCCCUUCGUACACUGUCUCUCGUGCCGUGCUCUCAGAUGCCGUGGCUUUGGUUCGAGGUGAUCGUUUCUACACCAUCGACUACCAUCCGAAGAAGUUGACCAACUGGGGCUUCGCCGAAGUCCAUCCCGAUCCUUCGGUCGACCACGGCUGCAUGUUCUACAAGCUUAUCUUGCGAGCCUUCCCGGAUCACUUUGAGCCGAACUCCAUCUAUGCACAUUAUCCGCUCACUGUCCCAAAGGAAAUGGAAGAUAUCAUGAUCAAACUUGGCAAAAAGGACAGAUACAGCUGGGCUUCGCCUCAAGGACCGCCGCCAAUGCAUAUGACAUUCUCCUAUGCCGCUGCGGAUAGAAUCUUGGGUGACAAAGAGACCUUCAAUGUUACCUGGGGCAAAGCAAUGGAGUACCUGAUGGGUCCAUCGGCCAAGAAUUUCAUGCUCUCUGGCGACGGCUUCAAGAACGAGCAAUCUCGAAGGGAGGUGCACAAAGCCCUCUACGAUGUGGACGACUGGCAGAUACAAGUCAAGAACUUUUACGAGACGACUACGCUCAAGCUCAUCAAAGCCAAGGGAUACAAGCUAGGCAAGCUGAACCAGGUCGACAUCAUCCGCGACGUUGGCAACCUCGCCCACGUCCACUUCUGCUCGGAGCUCUUCUUCCUACCGCUGAAGACCAAGGAGCGGCCGGGCGUCUUCAGCGAAUACGAGUUGUAUCUCAUCCUGUCCGCCGUCUUCGUCUGUGUCUUCUUCGAUCUCGACAAGGCAAACUCAUUCAACCUCCGCCUCAAGGCACACAAAGCCACCCAGCAGCUCGGAAACCUCGUCCAAGCCAACGUGGCCGAGAUCAAAGCCGGCAGCGUCCUAUCCCGCCUCAUGCAAGCCAUCUACCCCCGCAAUACGGCGCUCAAACGCUACGGUAUCCACCUUAUCAAACGCCUUCUGGAUUCCUACCCUGAUACCGAGGAGCUGGUAUGGGGCCACAUCCUCGGCACCGCCGGCGGCAUGGUCCCGAACCAGGGCCAGCUCUUCGGCCAGACGAUGGAGUACUUCCUCACCACCCCCGAAGGCCAGGAAGAACUUCCCAAGAUGAGGGAACUAGCGCUUCAAGACACCCCGGAAGCGGAUGAGAAGCUCAUGCACUAUUUCCUCGAAGGCUCGCGACUCUACGGUGAGACCGGCGUCUUCCGCCGUGCGACCGCAGACACCGAAAUUCACGAUAACUUCGGCGGCCACGAGCGCACCUUCAAGGUCAAGAAAGAUGACAUCGUCAUGGUCAACUUGCGCGCUGCAUCUCACGACGAGGGCAAGUUCAGGGACGCGCACAAGAUCGACCUGAACCGCCCCAUCGACGACUACAUCCACCUCGGCGCGGGACCGCACCAGUGUCUCGGGCUGCCGAUGACCAGGAUCGCGCUGACAGCGAUGCUGAAGACCAUCGUCAAGUUGCCCGACCUCCGGCCCGCUUCUGGCCCGCAGGGGAAAGUCCAUAAGAUUGCGAAGCCGAUGCAUGGGCAUCACUUACCGGAGUUUGCAGCUUAUCAUGCGUAUCUGAUGGAGAACCAUGCUAAGCUUUUCCCGUUCCCUUGUUCACUCAAGGUCAACUGGAGCGGUGAUUUCGAGUUUGAUAAGGACGAUGACGACAAAGAUGACAUGAAGUGA